GCACCACCAGUUCCGUCCGAGACCGGCGCGCGCGAUCAUGUGCCAGUGUUGUAACCGCCCACUGCAGUCGUCGUCCACGUGCUCGUUCGCGUCAGACGGAUUUUUUUCGGCGACCCGCAAGUAAACACCGUAGCACCGUCACGGGGGUGAAGGGCCGGAAGAACGUACAACGUUUUCCCGACGCCAAUCCUUGUCGGACACCGCUGUCGUGAAAUCCCAAUACCGUGAUUGGAAAUCGAAAAAUCGACGCGCGUAAAAAACGGGUUUUUUUUUAACAAUUAUAUAUUUAAAAAAUUAACAAUUACCUUAUAAAACGCACAACAAUUCGAUCGGAUUUCCUUUGCCACCGGCCGUUUCCUAAGAUCUUCAUGCUGGACCCCGCAGCCACCAUGACCCCGAAGGUGUUGGCGCUCGCCGCGCUUCUCGCGGUCGGCACACAAACGCUGUGCCAGGGGGUGGACGGUCAUUACGGGUCUACCGGAGCUUACAGGUACCCGAGGCUGGACAAGUUUCUGCACGACAGGAUGGGCCUGGAUAACAGGUCAGCGUUGACCGGCGAUCGUAGCCUGUUGGCUAGGACCGCGAUCAGUACCACGACCACUACCACCACGGUGGCCAGUGUUGCGGCGCCUGAAGACGAGGACUAUGGUGGCAGUGACGACGAGGACGACGAGGAAGAAGACGAGGAGAUGACUCUUGAGUCCAUCAGGCUGAGGCACUUGAAUCACAGAGAGAACGACAACGAUCUUUUUGACAAAAAUAUCCAGAAUCACGAGCCGGUGAGAACGAUGUCACCAAUGUCGGAGAUGAAAUGGAAACUUCUCGGAUCCAAGAAGACCGUGGAAGAGACUUUUCGCAAUCCGCACAGGAUCAGCAUGCUGCAAGGUGACAAUGAAAAUGCUGAAGCUUAUAAGCAUCAAAUACGCAUGAUUAAAGAAGCAUCGUGCAAAGUUCCUAGGCCUCGUGUGGUCAAGGUAGCUGAUGUGUACCCUAGUUCCAACAAGAGAUACAUACCUUCGUGUACAGUGCUCCACGUAUGUGCUGAUGAUACAGGCUGCUGUAACAGCCCGACAUUGAAAUGCGGGCCAAAGAUCUCGCAACCGAUUUACUUAUACUUCUUGGUUUACACCAUACCUGCGUUAGACAACAACCAGUCACCCGAACAAAUGUCGAACCAGAAAUCGCUGCUAUUUUAUAAUCACACUGAGUGCGAGUGCCAGUCGAAGAUGGACGAUGAAAUGCCCAGAGACUCGUUGCCCACUGCGACUGCGGUGUUCGCCGAACGGUCGUCGGCCGUGCACCGGACCGACAACUGCAAGUGUCCCACAGAAUAUACCAUACGGUAUUUGGCCAACGGUUCGUGUUCAUGCGACUGUUUCGAUAAACAACGGGAGUGCAUCCGAUACAAAAAAGGCAACAUGUACUUCAACCAUCUGGACAGAUACUGCAUUACAUCAGGCCAAUGUUUAAUGCCAAUGUGCGAGUAUGGCGUUUACUCUCAUCGAAAAGGACGUUGUCCGAAAAAGUUUGAAAACUUCCAUGCAUACAAAAAGAAACACUACUUCUAGGCAUAAUACUUAGUAAUUUAUUUUUGUCCUCGCACACACAUAUACAUACAUAUACACAUACAAACACAAUUAUGUGUAUAAAUGAGUACUUCUCGCAAAUGUAUACCACCAUUGAGGUCUGUAUGUUAUAUGUACACACCAAUAUAAUAUCAACCUAAUAAUGUGUUCAGUGUUGUUUCCACAUUUUUGUUUAGCAUUUAACGUAUUACAAUUAUUAUUUUUUAUGUAAAAUUAUACUUUACGAAUGUUAAAGUUACUCUUGAUGGUGACAUGUAUUUAUAUGCUUUGU